GUCUGUCACUAGGCUGUAUCUCAUGAACCGUGAAAGCCAGACAGUUGAAAUUUUCACAGAUGAUGUAUUUCUGUUGCCGCUAUAACAACACAUACUAAAAAGUACGGAACCCUCGGUGGGCGAGUCCGACUCGCACUUGUCCGGUUUUUUUAGUAAAUACGAUGUUAAAUAUUUUAUAAUGGCUUUUCUCGUCGUUGCACAUAUGUUUCGGCUUUAGCAGGACACCGUGAAAACUAAUUUUAACUAGUGAAAUGCGUUUUCCCUAGUCAAAACUUGUUUAUGCUAAAAUGUAUUUUGAGAAACUAGUGAAAAAUAAUUUUGUUAAAUAUUUUCUUUAGUGAUUUGAUAUAUAAUUGACUAAAAUAUUCUAUAAACUUUAAGAUUUGUUCACGUACUUUGGGUGGUUUUAUACGAGCGUACGCGUAUGAGCGUGUAAGCUCGUAUAGACCAAAUGCAGAGUAAAUUAACGCGCGCGUAAACCAAAAACGGGGAAAUAUAUCGCGCGUAUAAAUACAAAACCGCCUAAACAACCGUACAUGCGCGUAAAAAUACCCUAGUCUGAAACCGCCCUUAUAUCCAAGAUUUUCAUACAAAUACAAAUUACAUACUCAUAUAAAUUAGGUUCUUCUUACCUUUCUUUUGAUUAUAUCCAAUCAAUCAAACAUUCAGUUAUGCAUAAAAUUGGAUUUCGAGUCAACUGAUUUCAUAUUGAAUAUGUAAGUUACUUAUAUACCUACACGAGUAAUUUUAUAUGACAAUGUUGAGUUUAUAUGUAUUGUUUUUUGUACUUGAUAAAUCUAACUCGGGUGUACUUCUCUCAACUACUUCUGCCGCAAACGCAACAACAAAGGAUUUUUUUGGAGAUACCAGGCGAAUCAUCAAAGGACAUGAAGUUUUUGACACCAGGCCAUACAUGGUUUACUUGCGGCCCACACUUACCCACAGCAACGUUGUAGACUAUAAUUGGCUAUGCGGCGGCGUUAUCAUUCAUGAAAAUUAUAUCCUCACCUCCGCAGCGUGCAUCGAAGACAUCAAGUACUUUUGGGUGGUCUCCGGGACGCACAAGUGGUUGCCACAGUCCCAGACAAAUACGUGUAUCAAAAACGGUGCCUUACGAGCGGUUUGGAAAUGUGUUCAUAGAACGUACCGAUUCGACGGUAAUGUCUUCAACAACAUACGUUGGAUGGUGAACGACAUAGCGGUCGUAAUGACUGAGGGUCCGAUUUCCUUCGCAAAGAGGGUGAAAGGCUGCGACUUCAUUCCACAGAAGAUCCAAUACAACAACAUAUCUAAAGAAUAUGAAGAGCCUGGAACCAAGGGAUUCAUCGCGGGAUGGGGUUCUCAAGAUCGAUAUACUGACGCUGCAGACAUAUUGGCCCGAACCAGCGUUAACUCUCCCUUGUUACUGGAAGCGGAAACUAUGAUAAUCACCAAGGAAAACUGCAAGCACCGCUGGCUGGCGCGCUACCACUCAAUCAUUGACAAAUACAUGAUCUGCGGAAAGCUGGCCCGUGGCGGCAAAAUGAGCGACACUUGUAAUGAGAAUCACGUAGAGUGCAGACAGCUAAUGUUCUCAGAGGAGGUGGGACCAAGAGUCAGGAGGUUCGAGGGGAACCCCGAUGAGUUCAUUCAGAACUCCGCAGCGGAAGUCAAGAAAAGAGAGCAGGCUAGAAAGAAAACGAGACGGAUGAACACGCGGACGGCAUAUGGAGGGUUUUGCGAGAAUGACCACGGUGGCCCGUUAGUGGUCGGGCGAGGAAAAUCUUCCAUAGUUGUUGGCAUCAUGUCUACAUACAAGGUUGAAAAUAACUCAAAAGUCUGCAAUGGACCUUUCCUUUAUACCAGUGUUUACAAUAACAGACAACUUAUUCAAUGUGCUAUUUACAAAGAAGAAGGAGUCGAUUGUGCGACCGUGUUAAGAGACGAAUCCAGCGUGCUAGAAGAGGAAACAUUUGAUUGGGGGAACAUUACACUCAGAUCUAAAACGGAAUAUGACGAGGAUGAAUACCCAGUUCAUCGCAGUCGCAACGACAACAAUAAUCCAUCGGGCGAGGAAACCACACUUGGAGAUACAGAAAGCUCACCAAGCGACACAUAAACAUAACAAUCAAAAUCGUAUUUUUAAUUAACAGCAGUAAAUAAUGUAAAAUGCAUAGACGAUAACAUAACGCAUACUAAAGCGCGCGGUAGUUUUAUGCGAUUAACGCGAUGCGUUUGCCGCACGCCCGUUUUACAUCAGAUAAUUUAAUUACCAUAUAUUGUUUACGCGGUAACCGCUGCGUUUAAGUGCAUUAUUACUUUACCUACAUUCCGUUAAGCGCAUGCGUUCAACGCUGCGUUUAUCGCAUUAAGACAACCGCACGCUUUGGUAAGAUAGAAACUACAAGCCGGGAACUAUGUUUUUUGCCAAUUAUUUAAUUUUCAGCUAUGAUUUAUUGAGAUAUUGUAAUAUUUUUGUGUUGCUAACUGUUAAUGGUUAGUUUUUUUUUUAUGUAAUAUAUAUCACGUGUAGGACUUAUCUGUAUGUGAUAUUUAUAUUUGAGUAUAAAAUAAAUAAAUAAAUAAAAUAUACUCAUUUUUUAUUAUAAAUAUUACGAAAAUUAUUGAAACAGCUAGUAUUUUUUUUAUACCACGACCUGCCACAGCAUUCACAGCACGCGCGUUGCCGAUCCUACAAGUUUACAAGGCAUACAUAAUUAAAUCGUUUUCAUUGAACAAUACACAUCCAAAAUAAAAUGUUCAUACUGUUACAUACUAAACACCUUUGCUAAACACACACUAAUUAUAUUACUUUAACAGCUCUAAUGCGAAGUUCGAGAUUUAUUUACUUAUCAUUGCUACUGGUAACGCUCUCUAUUAGCGAAUAGCAGAUUUAAACAGGUGCAGUUAAACCAGCGAUACGCCAGCGUCAUCUGUGAGAAAUUUAUAGAAACAGAAAGUUUCCUAGGAAAAAUUCCAUAGAACGAAAACUAGGGUGAGUAAAUUUAACUUAGUUCAGCUAUUUCACGGUAGAUGGCAUUUAAAUCAAAUUUUGUAGGUAGGUACAUCACAUCAAAAAAUGGGAAUAAUGGAAACCUAUUAAUAUAAGCUUUCGUUGCCUGGCAGUUUGUCCAUCGGUCAGCAGGUCCAAGAACCUAAUAGGUGGACAAUAAAAACUUUCACAGAUGUUGCUAUUUCCAUGAAAACAUUUUUUACACUUUUUAUUUUUAUUUUUUCAAAAGUCCCCGUUCUUUAUUGGUCAUUAAGUAUUAUGUGUUGUUUAAUAUAUAAUUAUUAUUACCACAGUCAAUAAAUUUGAGGUUUGUAUGUGUAACCGCUAUAGAUACCUACCUUUAAAACGUCUCUAUAGGUAGAGCCAACUGAACGACCUCUUAAAAAUACCAAAAAUGAAUUUUAUAGGGUCAUUAAUUUUUUUUUUUACAAAAAUACAUUCUUAAAAAAUGUCAACUAUCUACCUACUCGUAUAACGGAGAUAGAGCCAGCUGACAAACGGACAGACGAAGGUCAGAGUAAGCUAUAAGCAAUAAGUUUCCGAUUAUAAUUUAUCUUUUGGGUAUGGAACCGUAAAAAAUCAUUUAAGAAUUAAGUGCAAAAUUAUAUUCUUACAAAAACCAUUUCAUUUUCUGUUCGUAUUGUAUCACCAUUGCGAUUUAAAAUAUACAGAAACUAGCUUUUUCCCGCUACUUCGUUCGCAUAACAUUAGAAUGUGAAGUAGCUAUGCCACGCUCGUACUUUCGCGUGGAUGCACACUUAGCAUGGACGGAAUGUAGAAUUUGGUGGUUAAUAAUAAGACGGGCAUAUGUGACAGGUACUUAAACAUUAUUUAAUCUGAACAAAGGUUUACUUCUUUACAGGGAAAAACAAUUAAAAAACGCCAUGGGCAUAUUUAUCGUAUUUAAUAGAAGGCAAAUAAAAUAAGUUCAGAUAGAUAAGGAUGUCUUAAUACCAUGGAACACCAAAUUUCAGAAUGGGUACGUGUCCAGUAGAUAAGAAGUCAUACACAAUAUUAUGCCUCUUAUUCUCUUAUUCGUAAAAU